AUGGCCCUGUCGCUGCAGUCGACGCAGAAUUCUAGAGGUGUGUCAGUAAGACCGCUGUCAACAAUGCGUCAAGAGUCCCUGCCAAUGCUCGCCGAGAGGCUGCUGGCGACGCGCGCGGCGGCGCUGGUGGCGGGGCUGCCGGCCGAGCUGUACUCGGGCGCGCUGCUGGCCGCCUGGCCGCCCUCGCCGCCCGCGCCGCUGCUGCCGCCGCAGGACAUGGAGCGCGCGCGCAAGCGCCGCCGCACGCCCAAGCUCGACGAGACAGCCACCGCGCCGCCCUCCCCGCCCUCAUCAGGCUCAUCUCCUGGUGCCGCCGACCCGCCGCGUGAUAAACUCUUCACCUGUAAAGUCUGUUCACGCUCUUUCGGCUACAAGCACGUCCUGCAAAAUCACGAACGUACUCACACCGGUGAGAAACCGUUCGAAUGCGGAGAGUGCCACAAGCGAUUCACACGCGACCAUCACCUCAAGACACAUCUGCGUCUUCACACGGGUGAGAAGCCCUACAGCUGCCCGCACUGCCCGCGACACUUCGUGCAGGUGGCCAACUUGAGGCGACAUCUUCGCGUCCACACUGGCGAGCGGCCCUAUGCCUGCGCUCGCUGCCCAGCGCGCUUCUCCGACUCCAAUCAACUGAAAGCGCACGCUUUGGUACAUGAAGGCGAUGCGCCAUUCGCGUGUCGUUGCGGUGCUCGCUUUAGGCGGCGGCAAGCUGCCGCCCUGCACAGAUGCGCCAGCAGCAGCUGCGAGCCGGGCACGCCGAGCCCGCCGGCGACGACUGCCCCCGACUGGCGCUGGGACGAGUGGCCCGAGCAGACGGAGCCCGAGGACCUGUCGCUGCCCCGGAGGCCAGCCACGCCAGACUCUCCCACCGACCUCCGAGUCCACUCCGCGUAGUGGGCGCGCGCCCCCGCGCCACGUGCGCCGCUGAGCCGGUAUACGAGUUCCUCCCGCGUAGACCCCGCGCUGCCGUCG